CUACGCGAACGCGUUGAAAAAACUGCGACUCCAGCGGCUGAUUUCGCGGGAAUUGUUUCACUCGUUCGUUUAGAAUACAGUCACAAUAUAUAACUGAGAGUUUGGUCUAAGGUCAGAGUUGACAGCGAAGGAUUAAACUGACACAUACAAAGGUCAAAGCGCAGCCAUGUUCUCUGACCUGAGCGUCCAGAAGCAGGGCUCUUCUCUGCUCUGCCGUCCUGCCUCCGAGGACCAGGGGCCAGUUUUCGAGAGGACGUCUCUGUCCUUCAGUCCCUGCUCCCAGCUCUACACGGUCGGGGACAGAAGCUUCAGUCGUCAGUACGCUCACAUUUACGCAGCGAGACUCAUGCAGAUGAGGCCGCUGCUGUCGGAGAGAGCCCAGCAGAAGUGGGGAUGCGAUGUGCUCGUGAGGAAGCUGUGUGAUCUCCAGACCGGGGAGCAGUGUUGCAUUGUGGGCACCUUGUUCAAGCGUAUGGACUUGCAGCCAUCGAUUCUGAAAGAAAUCAGCGAGGAGCACAACCUGCUGCCACAGCCCACACGAGUGAAGUACAUCAGUGAAGCAGACGAGCUGAUCUUAGAGGACGAACUCCAGAGGAUUAAACUUGAGGGGAAAAUAGACAGAGACCGAUGUGUCACAGGUAGUAUUAUUGCUAUAUAUGGAGCUGAAAAGAAUGAUGGGAAGUUCACCGUUGAGGACUUCUGCACAGCGGAUCUCCCUUUGCAGACUGCAAGAGCUGCACUCAGCUCAGACAGGUUUGUGCUCCUGGCCUCAGGACUUGGUCUUGGUAGUACUCGGGCCGACAGCAUGUUGGGGCUACAGCUGCUGGUUGACAUGGUAACGGGUCAGCUCGGAGACCAGGGGGAGCAGAGCGGGGCGGCGACUAUUUCCAGGGUCCUACUGGCCGGAAACCUCUUGAGCCAAAGCACCCAGGACAAGGAUGCAUCGACCAAGCCAAAAUAUCUCACCAAGAAGACUCAGGCCGGGAGUGUGGAGGCCAUUCGUCUGCUGGAUGAGCUGCUGCGUCAGCUGGUGGAGUCCGUUCCAGUGGAUGUAAUGCCGGGUCAGUAUGACCCGACCAACUACACGCUCCCACAGCAGGCCCUACACCGCUGCAUGUUCCCCCUGUCGUCAGUUUAUCCCACGCUGCACCUCGCGUCCAAUCCAUAUCAGGCCGACAUUGACGGCGUGCGGUUCCUCGGCACAUCUGGUCAGAACGUCGCUGACAUUCAGAGGUACAGCAGCAUGGAGAGUCACCUGGAAAUACUGGAGGAAACGUUACGGCUCAGACACCUCGCCCCGACUGCGCCCGACACGCUCGGCUGUUACCCGUUUUACCAAAAAGACCCUUUCAUCCUGGAAGAGUGUCCUCAUGUUUACUUCAGCGGCAGCGCCCCGACGUUUGGGUCCAAGCUCGUCAGAGGUGCCGACGGCCAAGAAGUUCUGUUGGUUACAGUCCCAGAGUUCAGCAGCACUCAGACAGCGUGUCUGGUCAACUUACGCACUCUUGAGUGCGAGCCCGUCCGCUUCUCGGCCUUCUCCGCUGAAGACGAUGAAGAAAGCGAGAUGAACAUCAGUCACUGAAGGUCGUCACGCACACUGUCCGACAUUACUCCACACCCGUGACCGCUCACUGCAAUCUUUGUUGCUGCCUACAAUUCAGUGAAAAUGUGGCCAGUUGCUUCGUGACAUUGCUUUUGUAUAUAGACGAUAAACCAGUAUUCACAAAAGUGCUGAAAAAUGAGGACAUUUUGUACCAACAAGCCUUUAUUUGAAAAAUAACUCUGUUACCCUCAGCGACUGUUCAUCACUGUUAAAACAGUCUAAAUAAUCCCACUCUUACCUUCUUUAAUGUGCGUCCACAAUAAACACUCUUUUAUUAAAAAAACAACAACCAAAAACUGAA